AUAUUUUCGAAAGACUGUUGCUGGUCAUGUUGAUUACUUGACGCCAGAAAGUUGAUCACACCACCUGGUUGGAGGCUAGAUUCACUCAAGACUGAAACAUGGAGCCACAGUUGGCAUAUUUGAUUGUUUUAAUGACAUGUAAGUUAUUUGUUCAGUUUUGUGUUAAUGUCAGCACCAAGCUAUGCAGACAUGUACUAUAAACAACCGAUGGGUAUGAUGAUGAGUAAACCGGCCAAAGUGAUUCAUGUCCACCAUUAUGACGCAGGCAGCAGCGGCAACAUGAUGAGCAGUAAUUACAAGAAGCACGACUCUGGCAGCUCCUUGAUUGAGCUUCUCAUUCUGUCCAGCUUGCUGUCCGGUACACAGACCACUGGAGCUCAGACUGCCCUUAUCAAUGGCCAGCUGGUUCCCAUUCAGAAUGGAUAAGUCUUUUAUGGUAGCAUGCAAUGUUUACAUGUGCCUGUAAUGUAGUAGCAUUAAAUUUAUGAAGUGUAAUUAAAAAAUUCAAAUAAAGUUUAAUUGCUGUGCACUCAUUCGUAGAAUUCUACGUUAAAAACUCGAGAAUAAAUGCAACAAAAUUAUUACCUGAAAAAGUUGUUUAGCUUUAGAUUUUGCUUUUUCUCAGACGUUUGCUCUGAGAUCCAUUGAAAUGUCAUCAUGUCAUUAUUGUCAUGUUUAUUGAAACUCAUUUCAUUGUUUUGUAUUUUAUGAUACUUUAAUAAACUAUUUGUCAAGUAAGAUAA